UUUCUCCCCAGUUAAGCCCUCCAAACCUCUACAAAUAGCUCCCCAUCCCACAGCCAUUCCUUCACACCAGCAACUUCGGCUUCUUUGGUCUCGUGUUGCUCUCACAACGCUAGCUACCAUUAGCUCUGCUCGAUCCUCAUGGCCUCCGUUGAGGUCCAAUCAGUAACUACCGCACUGGCAGAGGAGAACGUAGAAAAGCAAGCAAAGGAGACAAAGGGGGAACCAAAUGAGGAAGUGGUCGACGACGCACCCCCGGCAGCAGAGGCAGCAGUCGAGGAGCCGAAGGAGGAGGCAGCAACUGAUGCCGUGACCGAAGAAGUUCAGACUCCUGUGGAGGUGAAGACCGAGAAGGUGGUGGCAGAGGCCGAGCCGGCGGUGGAGGAAGCAGCAGUGGCAGAGAAGACUGAAGAGAAGCCGGCCCAAGAGGCGACACCUGAGGUUCCCACCGAGGAGCCCGUGGAGACCAAGGCCCCCGAGGAGGCACCUGUGGCUCCUGCCGAGGAGGAGGAGAAGAAGGAAGAUUUGGAGGAGAAGCCAGCUGCGGAGGAAGCGAACAAGGAGGCUGCAGCUGAGAAGAGUGAGAUGUAGUGUUUCCACCGUGUACCUUUGUCGAUGAAUGGCUGUAGAUUUGGAUGUUUAUGCUCUUUGGAAUCUGGCUACGUGUAAGGGGCUUAGUGGUACGAGAAGAAUGGAUAAUGGUGCAAGGCCCGUGGAGGGCCAAUUUAAAACUUGUAGGCUUCAGCUCGCAUUCAAGUAUCUGUGUUUGUAUCUGGAAUCCACGCUACAUAGGAGGCCCAAUGAUUCGAGUUGCA